AUGAAUGUUUAUAAAGCAAUUAUUCUUGUUGGCGGACCUUCUCGUGGUACAAGGUUUCGACCACUUUCUCUUAAUCUUAACGUUCCAAAACCGUUGUUUCCCGUAGCAGGCCACCCAAUCAUCUGGCAUCAUUUGGAAGCAUUAUCUAAAAUUGAAGGGCUGAAAGAGGUUUUAUUGAUUGGUUUUUUUGAAGACUCUAUCUUUCAUAGGUUUAUUGAUGAUGCAGCAAGAGAAUUCCCGAAGAUUAAUAUACGAUAUCUUCGAGAAUAUCAGUCCUUGGGAACGGCAGGUGGUCUUUAUCAUUUUAGAGACGAAAUUCAACGAGGUGAUCCGCAACAAAUAUUCGUACUUAAUGCAGACGUUGCUUGUAGUUUUCCGUUGAAAGAAAUGAUGAAAUUUCAUAAUACACAUCGAGGUUUAUGUACGAUCUUAGGUACAAAGGUUGCUCGUGAAGUCGCGAAUAAAUAUGGAUGUCUUGUUGCUAAACCUGAAAGUAAUGAAGUUUUACAUUAUGUUGAGAAACCAGAAAGUUUUAUUUCUGAUUUAAUUAGUUGUGGUAUCUAUUUAUUUGACUGUGCCAUUUUCAAUGAAAUGAAAAAGGCCAUGCAAAACAAAAAGAAUCAAGUCGAUCAAGAUCAAUUCAUGGAUCAUGACGAUCAGCUUCGAUUAGAACAAGAUUUACUUCGUCCAUUAGCUGAAUCCAUGAAAUUAUUUGUAUACGUUACAAACGACUUUUGGAGACAAAUUAAGACCGCUGGUUCCGCGGUACCUGCGAACGCGUUAUAUCUAGAGCAAUAUUUGGAAACAAAUCCCGAACGAUUAUUAAAAAAAGAACCUGAUGGUCCAACGAUAGUUGGAUGUGUUUAUAAGCAUCCUACAGCAUUCGUUGAUCCAAGUGCAAAGAUUGGACCAAAUGUAUCGAUAGGACCUCGUGCAGUUAUUGGUAAAGGAGUUCGUAUCAAGGAUUCUAUUAUUCUUGAUAACGCGGAGAUUAAAGCGAACAGUUGUAUUAUAAAUAGUAUUAUUGGGUGGGACUCAAAAAUUGGAACUUGGGCUCGUGUUGAAGGAACAUCAAUAACAAAUGAUCAGAUUGUCAUCACACAAAAUGGUGUAAAGGUUCCAUCAAUCACCAUUCUUGCCAAAGAAGUCAUUGUUAGGGAUGAAAUAAUUAUUCGUAAUUGCAUUGUGCUACCUCACAAAGAAUUGAAAACUAGUUGUCAUAAUGAAAUUUUGAUGUAA